AUGACGUCUGUGCGUGAAGGACCAGUCGAUGGUGCACCAUCCGCACGUGUGCGUGAUCUGCACCGCAAACUACUGGAGCGAGUGCUUCUCCGCAGCGACACGCAGAGCGUCAAGGACGUCUUCCGACGCUACGAUCGGGAGCGAGCGGGGGUGCUAACGCUGCAGCAAUUUCGAGCCCUACUACGUGAUCACGAUUUUCUGGACACUGAUGCGGAUUUGCUACUGCGUCAUCUGGGCACUAAAGACCAGAGUGUGUCGUUCCAUGCCUUCAUGGGCGACACACAGCUCGGAACAGAGCAGAAUUAUCCGCCUAAAAACAUUAACGCCAGCAAUUCUCCCAAGAAGGUCCAGCAGCUCUCGCAAUUGCCAGAACAGAAGAAGAAUGCGAAUAGAAAACCCAAAGGGACAGUGAGUAAGGCCGGUAAACAAGCUGUUGAACUAGUGCAGGACCCAAUGGAAGCCAUCCGCACUAAACUGCGUCAACGCGUCAUGGGCCAUAGUAAAUCUAUCCGAGAAGUAUUCAUGGAGUAUGACACUGACGGUAGUGGGUUCCUCGACUACGAGGAGUUCGGUCGCUUCAUGGCAAAGUACGAAUUUGCACCUGAGGAGACACAAACCAUCGUCGACUAUCUCGAUCGAGAUCGCUCUGGGACAGUCGACUACGACGAAUUCGCAGCAGGAUUACUAUUCUGCCGACCGCCUAUACAGCAAGUACUGGAUUCAAUACGAAGUCGAUUUGGUGAAACGCUGAAGAAAUCGAAGCAACUACGCGAUAUUAGGGCAGAGUUUGGUCGGUAUGACGUGGAUGGUAACAAUUGUCUGGAUCACCAAGAGUUUGGAGCGCUUUUAGUUGGCCUCGGCGUCAAGUUAAAAGCGGCUGAACUUCGGGCGGUACUGCAGGAAAUCGACCCUGACGAGGAUGAAAGAAUCGACUUCCAGACGAUCACCAAGCUACUAAACGCUCAAGAAACACUACCAGCAAACACCAAACGUAUAAACAAGGAACAGCAGCAGCAUAAAGCGUCUGUAAAACCAGAUGAUGAGGCUCUCGUGACAUUUAGAAAAUUCGAUCGUGAUGGCAGCGGAAAGCUCGAGUAUGAAGCGUUCCGACGCCUAAUGCAUGGUCACGGAGUAACAGACGACAGCGAGAUUGACGCUAUGAUCGAUCAAGUCGAUGUAGACGGCAGCGGCUCUAUCAGUUAUACUGAAUUUGUGCGACAAGUUGACCGCGACGGAAGCGGCCAACUUGGCUACGCGGACUUUCGAAGGUUAAUGCAGCACUAUGGCGUGAAGGAUAAUGCCGAAAUCGACGCACUAAUUGAUGAGAUCGAUGCGGACGGAAGCGGGUUUAUCAGUCUUCAAGCAUUUACACACGCCUUUGACCGAAGGGUACAGCCUUCUCCGAAAAAAGACAGUGAGGUAUUAGCCAAUCUUAGGAUAUCUGACCGUGACGAAAGGGGAGAACGAAAGCACGACGGGAUUCCACGUAUAAUGCACAAGUCCGGGGUAAGUGACAAGGAUCCAAGUGGCACGUUGGCUGACGAAAUCGAUACACACGAUCAAAAUCUAAAGCCUACAAUACGAUUAGAAAAGAAAGCGUCUCAAGCGGAGGAUGAGCACAAUACCAGGUCGAGACUAGUAGCGCUUCAGGAACAAGAACUGCAGUUCAUGGAGCGCGUACUUCGCAGACAUAAUUCGAUUGAGAAUGGUUUCCGGCAUUUUGAUCGCGAAGGUCGAAACGAAAUGGAUUCUGAGCAAUUCCGCGAUUUCAUGGGCCAGUACGGAAUUACGGAGGAAGCCAGUAUCUCGAUGCUGCUCAAGCGGUUGGACGCUGAUAAUUCAGGUACCAUUGAUCUCCACGAGUUCUUGUCAGUGUUCAACGCCCAACGUCUCGCGCGUCAUAAAGGAGGCACUACAAGACCUGCUGUCCCGGGGAAUGCCGCUCGAUUGCGAGAACUUGAAGAGAAAUGGAUUCGUGGAGCUCUGACUGGCCAUGACUCAUUGCGGCUAGCGUUUGCAAGUGUCGACCGUGACCAGGAUGGUGAAAUUAGUGGCGACGAGUUCCGUAGCCUCAUGAAUCUACACGGAAUCUGCGAUGAACAAGACGUUGCCUCGUUGAUGAAGAAGCUAGAUGUCGAUGGAAAUGGCUGCAUCGGAUACGAAGAAUUCGAGAGCAUUUUCCACGAGACUCGAAAUGCUCGAGGUGCACGCAUGCGAGACCUGCAGAUCAAGUGGAUGAAGCGCGUAUUGAGCUGUCACGAUUCAAUCGAGACUGCGUUUUACCAGUACGACGAGGACGGCAACGGUGAGCUGGAUCACGACGAGUUUCGCCACUUUAUGAAGAGAUACGGUAUCGUGAAAAACGACGAUAUCGAGACGUUAAUCAAACGUCUCGAUACCGACGGAUCAGGGACGAUCUCGUUUGAAGCGUUUUCUAUCGAACGCGAGCUGGCGCAGCGUAUGGCGCAUCAAACUCGUGAUCUGCGUCUUGCAUUCCGCAAAUUUGACACCAAUGGCAACGGUCUGCUAGAAUAUAAGGAGUUCCGGAGCGUCUUGAAGUCGUAUCGGCUGCCUGAAAUGGAGAUCCGCAAGGUCAUUCGUCACCUGGAUCGUGACGUAUCAGGGUUCAUCGACUAUAAGGAAUUCAUCGCGGGGUUUGGUGCCCUCAAAGAAAGCGCAGCAGCUGCGCCUGUAACUCAGAAAAAGGUUGAGAAGCGUGUGUCGCCUGGAAAGGGUAAAGCGAAGACGAAGGUUCACGUUCGUCGCUCGCCCUCCAAACCGCAGCGCUUAAAGCCUGUGUCACCAGAAACGCUGAAGAAGACGAUGCUCGAGAGGAUACUCGCGAUUCACGGGACUGUCCAAGGCGCGUUCCGUGAGUAUGACCUCGACAAAGAAGGCAGUCUCAACGAGGCCCAAUUCGGGAAAUUGGUGCUGGAUUGCGAGUUUUCGAGAGAUGAAGCAGCUCUUCUUCUUGAUAUUUUUGAUCAAGAUCAGUCAGGAACAGUAGAGUACCAGGAAUUCUUAGCCCAGCUCGUCGUGAAAGGAGUUCAAUAG